CGCUGACAGACCUGAACCAGUUCCUCUGAACUUGAUUCGAUCCUCUGACAGAAGAAGAGACGCUCAGAUAAAGACGUGCCUUCAGUCUCAGAGAGGGAGCUGUCACACACUGAUCUACAAACACACACAUUCCUAGAAACUGACACACACACACAGAAGCAAACAGUCUCUCUCUCUCUCUCUCCUUUACUGCUCGCUCAGCUGCUCUCUCCCCCUCCCAUCCACACACACACUCUCUCACACACACACACCACUACAGUAUAUCAGCGAGUGACGAGCGGAGAGCCAGAGGGGAGUGCAGAAAUGAAUGUGAAGAUCCUGACGCUGGUGAUUGUGCUCUUGGUGUCUCUGCUGUGUCCUGCCGGUGCUGGUCCCAUGGCCUCCACGGAGCAUGGCAGAGGGCUGGAAGAGGCAGCUACAGUGAGAAAAAUGGCCCAGCAGAACCCAGUGAGAGGCGGUCAGACCCACAGACCAGCCAAGAGAAGACGCCCACGGCCCCGUCUUUCCCACAAGGGGCCCAUGCCGUUCUAGAGCAAGGCACUGCCUUGAGCGCCCUCCCCCAGGUUCUGAUUUCUAUGCUCUUCCUUCGCCUUGGGGGGCCUUGCAAUGAAGGGCCUACGCUUGCCCAGCCUGAAGAGUGAUGUCCAUAGCACCUGCUGGUUCUCCAAGCAACUCUGUCCACCUAAAAAUCAGGACAAGCCGCUCACCCUCGGCUCCAGGGGGAUUAGGGGGGCGUUGAAAAGGGGGUGGGAGGUAUUGAGCCUGAGCUACCAGACUCUAUUUCUCUGUCUCUUUAUCUUACUCCCUCCUUACUGAUAUAUCUCUGUCUUUUUUUUUCAAUUUGCUUAAUAGAGGCCAAUCAUAGCAAUCUUUCCGAGUGUCUCACACUCUUUGCAUGACAUGUGGUGGAGAGGGAGCCCCGUCAAAAGAGUCUUAAAGCUUCUGUCACUCCUCCAGGACGUGGUUUUCGCAUGUCUCAGAUCCAAAGUCCCAUCAGUCGCUGAUUUCAUCGCUGUGUAGCUACUUAAACGAGCAGAUGAGCGGGUCUGAUCGUGCAGAGGAAGUAACUUAAUUUUCGUUGUGAUACUCUGGAGCUGAAGAUUUAGUGUUGAAAGGAGUUAUAAUCAUCACUUAAUUACGAUUAUUAAUGGUGCUUAGUAUCUUUUAAUGUCAGUUUGUCCACAUGCAAAGUAAACUAAAACAAGAGCACAUGCCGUCAGGACAACUUUGCGUUCCCUCGCUCAUCCCGAAGCUGUUUGGGUGUUUCUGAGUUCAUUAACACCUCGAGGGGGAAUGGAGCGGCUUUCAGGCUCAAGGUAACCCCUAACCCACCUUGAAGGAGUCCUCUUACCCCUCGUCCCCUGACCCCCAGCCUUCUCGCCACACCGCUGCCCCCAAGCAGCUGCUCUUCACGACUGUUACCCGGCGCUGGCGGCCCGCUCCGACCGACGGGCCGCCUCGCCCCUUAAGGAAGUGCCAAAUAACAACCUUCUCCACAAUGCUGCCAGGAACGGAGGAACGAAAAAGUCAGAGAGAAACGAGAAACGCAUUACCUCGUUUGAAGUCUCGAUACACUGACACGUUUAUGCUUUCUCUUUGUUUUGUUCAUUUUAAGCUCAGCUCUUUGUUAACCCACCGCCGCGAUCAGCCUACCACUAGUGCUCUAGUUUAAUAUUCAGCAUACGAACAGAAAAAGCUAUGCCUUUCCAUCUUACUGGAAUACAUUUCUAUUUUUUUCUGUGUUUUAGUUUUAUUUCCUUUUUUCUCAGGGUGCUGUGAUAGAGGCUUGUACUUUAGCAGGCUGUUAUGUGCAUUUACUCAAGAUAAACAUACAAACUCAUAUGAGCAUAUUUUCAUAUAGUCUACCUUUACUCUCCUUGUAUGUAUACUCUAGUUUAAUCACUAUGUUAUUGGAGAGUUAUCCACUUCUUUUCUUGAGCUCCCUGCGUCAUGUUGGGUGCAGUUGCCUUUCUAAUCAGCCCGUCCGCUGCAGAGGUGGUCGCGGAUUUGAUCGUCAUGCCCAUUAAAUCCUAAACUUAAUCUUUCAUAGAUAUCCACAUUUAGUCAGAGCUCAUUUUAACUUCAGUCCCCCUGCAGAUUCAGGCUGUAAUCAUAUCGCUUAUUGGGAACUCGAUAAUCUUUGUUGUGUGUUGGACAUGCAGAACUCUAACUUAGUUAGUUAAAUCAGUUUCAAGAGCCUAAUCUAAUUAAUCUACAGUGGGUGUGCGCAACUCUGCUGCACUGCCUGGUUUUCCACCUUUACUGUGAUAAAUAUCCUGCACAAUUAAGAAUGAAAAACGAAUUUGUUAGGAGUGAAAUGAUUAAUCGUUAAUAAGUUAUUUAAAUAACUGUCAACUAAUUUACUAGUCAAUUAGCUUGGGUUUACAGAAUCAAUAAAAAGUAAAAAUAACAGUAGAAAUUAAGCCAAAACUACAAAAAAUAUUGACGUUUUACAUUAAAAGGGGGGAAAAAAAUAUACAUUUGUCUGUAAAUAUGUCCUGCCCAAAACGCCUAAGGUGGGAUUUUGUUGCACCUAACAAAAAAAAAACAUAUAUACUAAGCAUAUUUUGCUAUCUAAUUAUUAAGUAGGUCAUCCAAAAAUAAUCAACAGAUCAGCUCUACACUGUAUCCAAAGUUACUACUGGCAGAAAUGACAAAGCAAAAACCAGGAAGUAGUUGGAUGAUGAUUAAUAAACUAAUUCAGGUGUGAUUUUAAUCACGUUUCUUACUUAAUCUUCACGAGACAACAUGAAUAUCUGAGUGUCAUCAGCAUAACCAUGGAAGCCGAUUCCUGAUGAAUCCACCGCGCAGCAAAUAUGUAUAAAUUAACAAGUAUGGGACCUAGAAUGGAGCCUUGGGGGACACCGUGGUUAGCAUUGAAGAACACAUAUCCAUACUCACCAUAAUAGUGCUAUCUGUGAGAUGGGAGCUGAGCCACUGAAGAACAGCACCAGAAAGCCCAACCAGAUGCUGAAAUCUUUUUAAAUGGAAACACCGCAAAAUAAAAAAAAAUUAGCAGAAUACCAACGAAGUUUUGCACGCAGCAAGGUUGUCCCAUAUUUUGUCCAAUUAUUGAUAAUCAUGUUGUAAUGAUCUUCACUUCUCUUAACUGAAACUGUUGUACAAAGAUAUUUUGUAAACUCUCUGCAAAACAAUGAUGUCAGCAAUUUAAAUGAGAAACUACUGGAAAAAUCCGAAAUAUUCAUUUCAAGUUUAUCAGAUUAAAUUGUUUUCCAAAUAUGAACUCAAAUACGGCAAAUGCUGAAAACAAAUCACGCUCUCCAAACAGGUUUCUUUGUUUUUAAAAUAAAAUUGUACAGAAUAUACCUUUCACAAUAAAGGUGGAACAAUUUUUAAAGUAUAAAUUACUUUACAAAAACCCAGCAUGCUAACAGGGGUGUGGACAUUUUAUAAAGACGCAUUAGAUUUCCAGCACUUUUCCCUCUCGCCAUGUCUCAUGCAAAUAUUAAAAAUAAAAAACGCAGAAUCUUCUCAGCCCCAGCAUGAGAAGCUUUUAUUAAGAGAGCAUCUAAAAGCACAGUGGUAUCCCAGCCAAGCUUACCUUGAUUAAAAAUGCAUUAAAUCCUAGGGCACUGUGAAGUGUAAUAAUUUCAGUUUUGCCAUCAUUUUUUUAUACCCUCACAGACAGAGAUGUAGAUUUCGUGACGGCUUUGCUCAGGAGGUCUCGUGUGUUUUUGGAGGGAAGAAUACAGGAAGUAAAUGAGCUGGGGACGAAGGUUCAAAGCCGCAGGAGUUGGGAAGGCAAAGGGGCUCGAGUCAAUAUCCCUCUUCUCUCCCUCCCCGCCUCAGAAGUUAUUGUUACUGAGCCGAGCAACGUCUGUAUCCGCACUGUUCUUCAUGAAUGUAUCCUCACCAUCUGCACCAGCCAUGCUGCCCUCGCAGAGACAGGAGCAAACCGAUGUUUAUGUAAGGAAGCCCCUUUUUAAUCUCAUCAUCAAAAUGUCCCACAGAUCCAAAGCUUCUGGCGUCAAAUAGUCCCAACAAAUAGACGUGGCUUUGCUCAAAGACUUCUCUGUAUGGGUUUGCAAGGCUGCACUUUUUGCAAUUCCAUGAUGCUGCUGGAAAAAAUACACCCUGAAAACAAGAGUCUCUCGCUAUGGAAUGGUUUUCCAGUGUGUUGUGACAAUUUCUUUUCAUCUGAUUCUUGUCUCGCUGGUUGUCCAAAGCUUACUUUUUUCAAUACAGUGUGACAAGCUGUAUCUUUUGUGGAUGUAACAAAAUAGAGAAGUAGUCUGCAGCACAAUUUGUCGUGGACACGUGAAAGCUUUCAGGCGUUCUUUUCUCGUAGAUCAUAGCUCACCGCCCUCCCCUGCACAUGAGGUUUAAUGGAAGGACAAGCAUGUCCAGGCUAAACUGAAAGGCUAAACCAAUACAUUAUGCUCGGGGAGCAAAAACCAUUUUCCUUAAUGGUCUUUUCCAGCAAGGCUUACACAAGAGAAACUAUUCCUAUCCUCUCAAUGUUCCCCCCUCUCUGUGACCAUCACAAGGCCUGAGUAAUGUUUUCUAUGCACUUGUUAGCAUGUGUUCCUGGUAGAAAACCCCUUAUUCUUUAUGUUUAUUUUUGUCCAAAUGCAUUUGGCAGGGAGUGUGUAAGGAUGAGAUGUAGAUAUGUGUCGCAGGUGGAGAUAAGAAAUGAAUAGAAAGCAGGUUUUAAACGUCAGCUUAGUCACUGAGGUAGUUACGGCCCCUAAAAAGUCAAAAAUAUAUAUAUUUUUUGUUUCUUUUUUAACUCUUCUUGUACUGAAAUUGUUUUUAUAUCCAUCACUGACUGCAGAAAUGGAAGCAGAGCUACCACGCCACACAUUCCAUAAUUUUCCCCUCUGAAUCCUUUAUCCCGUCAAACUGUAUCAUGUUGGCCUUCAAAGUGGGUGUCUGCAGGGUCGAGUGGCUGAUAUUUAAUCCAACAAAUAGAGACUCUUUUUUUUUUUCCACUGGCUGGGCAAUCCAAAGGAUAACUAGAUUCCAAGUCCCAUGAGGAAAGCCGAUGAUCAGUCAUUAUCUCGAAGCCUCAAAAUGAGACUUCCUACACCCAGAAUAGCACAGGCCCCUCCUGCCUCGAUGGCGACACAUUCUCCAUCGGCUGUGUCCGGGAGCAGUCAGUCACAUUCAGAACAAUCGUAGGAGAAAUGCAGUCUGUAGGUUUAUCACAACAGUGUUACUAGAUCUCAAGCAGAUACCGUUUGAAAGACAAUGUAUUACUCCUUAAACUUAUAUUCUGUUCAUGGUGUGUGCUCAUAUUACUCACCAGGCCAAAUGUACAGUCCCUGUCUCUGUUUUGAUGUUGAACUGGGCAAAAAUAAAUGACAUGAAUAAAUAAAUAAAACAAGUGUAUCAGAAAUGGUUGAAUACUGUGUACAUAUUUGAACUUUUGGUUUCUAAUUUAUAAAAGAUAAGCUUUAGCUCUUGGAGUACUUAUUUUAUUUUAUUUUUUCCUUUCAUGCGUAGCUUUGUGUUUUUAUUUUCUAUUUCUGUAAAGUGUGUAAAUAUAUCUUUAUGAUAAUAAGUAAUAUUAAAAAUCUUAUUUUAAGAAA